AUGGGUUCCCUGCAAAGGUGUAUUCUGCUGUUGCUUUUGACUUUCACAGUAUCAGAGGCGACAAGGAUCAUCGGGGGUCAAGAGGUCCAAAAGUUCUCCAUCAAAUAUCAGGCGUCGCUGCAGACAGAAGGAAGGCAACACUACUGUGGAGGAACACUGGUGCACGCUCAGUGGGUGGUGACUGCUGCCCACUGCUGGAGACCGCUUAGUCGGAUGAGGGUGGUGUUGAGUGAACACAACCUGGAUAUAGACGAAGGAUCAGAACAAGUCUUCGAGGUCGAAAGGUAUUUCAUCAAGCGAUUUAACAGCCGAACCUUCGACAACGACAUCCUGCUCCUCAAGCUAAAACAGCCCGCAAAGCUGAACAGCUACGUCGAGCCCGCUGAACUCCCAGAUGGCACAACCAAUCCAAUUGUGUGCACCGUGAGCGGCUGGGGUGUGACACAGAGGUACAAGCGUGUGCUCUCCCCCGUGCUGCGUGCUGUGGAUGUAACGGUGUACAAGUACUGCUGGUAUUACUACUGGUCGAGGAUCACCCCAAACAUGAUGUGUGCUGGAAACUACAGGGGUGGCAAAGAUUCCUGCCAGGGUGACUCCGGUGGUCCUCUCAUUUGCGAUGGCAAAUUCACGGGCAUUGUCUCCUGGGGAAUCAGCUGCGCAAUUGCAUACUACCCCGGGGUUUACACCAAAGUGAUCAACUACGUCGGGUGGAUCGAAGACACAAUCAGAGACAACACACCAUAA